AUUAGAGAACACAAAAUGAACAACUCAACAAACUCCUCUAACAGCGGCCUGGCUCUGACCAGUCCUUAUAAGACAUUUGAAGUGGUGUUUAUUGUCCUUGUGGCUGGAUCCCUCAGUUUGGUGACCAUUAUUGGGAACAUACUGGUCAUGGUCUCCAUUAAAGUCAACCGCCACCUCCAGACCGUCAACAAUUACUUUUUGUUCAGCUUGGCCUGUGCUGACCUCAUCAUUGGUGUUUUCUCCAUGAACUUGUAUACCCUCUACACUGUGAUUGGCUACUGGCCUUUGGGACCUGUGGUGUGUGACCUUUGGCUAGCCCUGGACUAUGUGGUCAGCAAUGCCUCAGUGAUGAAUCUGCUCAUUAUCAGCUUUGACAGGUACUUCUGUGUCACAAAACCGCUCACCUACCCUGUCAAGCGGACCACGAAAAUGGCAGGUAUGAUGAUUGCAGCUGCCUGGGUCCUCUCCUUCAUCCUCUGGGCUCCGGCGAUUCUCUUCUGGCAGUUCAUUGUAGGGGUGAGAACUGUGAACGAUGGGGAAUGCUACAUUCAGUUUUUUUCCAAUGCUGCUGUCACCUUUGGCACUGCCAUUGCAGCCUUCUACCUGCCAGUGAUCAUCAUGACUGUGUUAUACUGGCACAUAUCCCGAGCCAGUAAGAGCCGGAUAAAGAAGGACAAGAAGGAGCCUGCGGCCAACCAAGAUCCAGUGUCUCCAAGUCUGGUCCAAGGACGGAUAGUGAAGCCAAACAACAACAACAUGCCUGGCAGUGAUGACGGCCUGGAACACAACAAAAUGCAGAAUGGCAAAGCCCCCAGAGAUGCUGUGAGUGAAAACUGUGUCCAGGCGGAGGAGAAAGAAAGCUCCAAUGAUUCCACCUCUGUCAGUGCUGUCGCCUCUAACAUGAGAGAUGAUGAAAUAACCCAGGAUGAAAACACAGUUUCUACUUCCCUGGGCUAUUCCAAAGAUGAGAACUCGAAGCAAACAUGUAUCAAAAUCGUCACCAAGACCCAAAAGGGUGACUCGUGUGCCCCGACUAAUACCACCGUGGAGCUAGUUGGUUCUUCAGGUCAGAAUGGAGAUGAAAAACAAAACACGGUAGCUCGCAAGAUUGUGAAGAUGACUAAGCAGCCUGCAAAAAAGAAGCCUCCUCCUUCCCGGGAAAAGAAAGUGACCAGGACAAUCUUGGCUAUUCUGCUGGCUUUCAUCAUCACCUGGGCCCCAUACAACGUCAUGGUGCUUAUUAACACCUUCUGUGCACCCUGCAUCCCCAACACAGUGUGGACAAUUGGUUACUGGCUUUGCUACAUCAACAGCACUAUCAACCCUGCCUGCUAUGCACUUUGCAACGCCACCUUCAAGAAGACCUUUAAACACCUUCUCAUGUGUCAUUACAAGAACAUCGGCGCAACGAGGUAAAACAUCUUUGGGACAAAAGAAGGUGGCCCAGGGGAACUUGGGAAGAAGAAGAAGAGGGGUAACAGAGCUAGUUUUAAAAUCUCUGCCAUUGCACUUUAUAGUCUUAUUAUGGAUGUGCAAUUAAGGAGCUCAAAAGUGACACUCUUUUGUGCCUCUGCUCCAGUUUGAGAAACUCUCACCUCAUAAGCCCUGCCAAUGUAGGAGCAACGAGACCGUGAAAGCCACACGUUGGGAAUGUGGAUUUAAGGAUGCUCUACAUUUUCUCAGACUCCUGAAGAAGGGCUUCUGAAUCUACAAGUUUAUCAGUUUCUGCACAAGAAGAAGAAUAACCUUGCUCCUUUUUUGUUGUUGUUCCCACAUGUCUUUACAAGUCGAUGAAAGGCUACAGUUACAAGUAAC